GAGGAUGUGAGACUGGCUUAGAGAAAUGAAAGCAAGCAAGCCCUGUUGGUGACACUUGGCACAUUCUCCCUGAGCAUAGCACACCCACCUUGUGCAAGAACCCAGAGCCCCAGGUGCUGACGGCUGACGGCUGCAGGGGGACUGCAGAGAGACCCAGGAAGCCAUGGCAUUCCCAUCGCGAUGUCAGAGUCCUCGAUGGGGCGUGUGGAGCAUCCUCAAGCUGUGGGUCUGGACAGAGCUCUGUUUUGAUUUCCUGACACACCAUGGAGCUCGCUGUUGGACUUACCACCAUUCAGAAAAACCCAUGAACUGGGAAAAUGCUAGAAAGUUCUGCAAGGAAAGUUUCACAGAUUUAGUUGCUAUACAAAAUAAGAGAGAAAUUGAGUAUUUGGAGAAGACACUGCCCAAAAGCCCUACUUACUACUGGAUAGGAAUUCGGAAAAUUGGAGACGUGUGGACGUGGGUGGGAACCAACAAGCCUCUCACUAAAGAAGCAGAGAACUGGGGAACUGGGGAGCCCAACAACAAGAAGAACAAGGAAGACUGCGUGGAGAUCUAUAUCAAGAGGGAAAAGGACUCUGGGAAAUGGAACGACGACGCUUGCCACAAACGAAAGGCAGCUCUCUGCUACACAGCCUCUUGCAAGCCAGAGUCUUGCAGCAGUCAUGGAGAAUGCGUGGAAACCAUCAAUAAUCACACUUGCAGCUGUGACGAGGGGUAUUACGGGCCCCAGUGUCAGUAUGUGGUCCAGUGUGAGCCUUUGCAGGCCCCUGAGCUGGGUACCAUGGACUGCACGCACCCCUUGGGAGACUUCAGCUUCCACUCACAGUGUGCUUUCAACUGUUCUGAGGGAACAGAACUACUCGGUAUUGGAGAAGCACACUGUGGACCAUCUGGAAACUGGUCCUCUCUAGAGCCAACGUGUCAAGUGGCUCAGUGUGAGCCUCUAGCAGCACCUGAUCUGGGCACUAUUGAGUGCAGUCACCCCCUGGCCAACUUCAGCUUUACUUCGGCAUGUACCUUUAACUGCUCGGAAGACACUGACUUAAUCGGGGAGAGAAAAAUUGUCUGCGGACCAUCUGGCAUCUGGUCUAGUCCGAGUCCAAUAUGUCAAAAGACGGACAGAAGUUUCUCACAGAUCAAGGAAGGCAACUAUAAACCCCUCUUCAUUCCGGUGGCUGUCAUGGUUACCGCAUUCUCGGGGCUGGCAUUUAUCAUUUGGCUGGCAAGGCGGUUAAAAAAAGGCAAGAGAUCUCAGAACAGGAUGGACGAUCCAUACUAAUUCAUCCGCUGAGAAAGGAAAUCCAUGAG